AAUUGAAUUUCUGGAUUAAGAUGAGGUGAAUGAGUAGCAUUUCAAUGUAACACCAUAUCCCACCAUUGGGAAGCUAUGGCAACGCUCGUCCAUGAUCCUCACGUGCGCUCUCACACCUCGUGAGAACUUCAGAUCCACGUGCCAAAGGCGGGGCAAGUGCUGCCAGAAUAAAGCUGGUAAGAUUUUGGAGUACCACAAAUUUAACAGCUGGCCUCACUUGGGUGUGGUGAAAGGAGGAGAAAUUAAGGAUAAAAAUGGUAGACAAGUACCAUGAAUUAUCCAGAGCUCACCUUACCUCUGACUAUCUUCAUGCAAACUCAACCACACAUGAAUUCCUCUUUGGAGCAUUGGCAGAAUUGGUGGAUAAUGCAAGAGAUGCCGAAGCAACGCUAUUGAACAUUUAUACAGAGAUCCAUGAAGAAUUGAAAGGAGGGUUUAUGCUGUGUUUUCUGGAUGACGGUAUUGGCAUGGAUCCAAAUGAAGCAGUAGACAUUAUUCAUUUAGGAAAAUCCAUGAAGAGGAUUUCAGAUUCCCGACUCAUUGGACAGUAUGGAAAUGGAUUGAAGUCUGGGUCAAUGAGAAUAGGUAUGGAUUUCAUCCUGUUUACCAAAAAAGACAAUACCAUGACCUGCAUUCUUAUGUCUCGAACAUUUUAUGAGAAAGAAGGUAUUGAUGAGGUGAUUGUGCCUGUGCCAUCCUGGCAUGCUGCAACUAAGGAACCCAUAACGACUGAUGAAAAAAAAUUCUCCCUUGAAAUUGCACUCAUUCAUAAAUAUUCUCCAUUUAAAAAGGAGCUUGAUGUGAUGCAACAGUUUAAUAAAAUUACAGGAGCAAGUGGUACUUUGGUAAUUAUCUACAACUUAAAAUUAAAUGAUGAUGGUGUACCUGAACUGGAUAUUGAAACAGACCCUUCUGAUAUACUACUGACAGGAAUGAUGGCAAGUGGAAUGAGGUAUAUUUAUAUUUCCAAAGGGUUCAAAAUACGUGCUUUGAGAGAGGUAAAGGAGGCAGAAGUUGCUGUUAAAAUAGCAGAGGAAAAUAUGCAGGAAGCAAAAUUUAAAGUGAAGGAGUUAGAAAAGACUUGUGACAACAACAUGGAAGCACAGAAUAGGUUUAAGCUUGCCAAUGCUCAUAGUAGAUUAUUAAAGUCACAGACAGAUGUAGACCGGAAGAAGAACCUGUAUCAAGAAAAGCUGAGAGCACUGAAAGACCCACAUAAACUGACUUUUAUUUUUGGAAUGAACAUUGAGGAAAGAAACUUGGAUGGAAUGUUCAUUUAUAACAACAGCCGCCUAAUCAAAAUGUAUAAGAGAAUUGGAGUACAGCUCAACCGCAUGUUAAGGUAUUGUUUUGGUGUUGUGGGUGUUGUUGAUGUGCCCAGUGUAAUGAUGGAGCCAACUCAUAAUAAACAAGACUUUGCAGAUGCCAAGGAAUACCACAGUUUGCUUCGAGUUAUGGGUCAGUUCCUGCUUCAGUAUUGGAAGGACCUUGGCAUUGCCCAAAUGGGAGUUGUGAAAUUCUGGAGUGAGUUUGGAUACUCAUCAACAAACUGGAAUUUGUCACCUUCAAAUGCACUUCAGUUCAAGAGGAGACGUGCCAUUGAGAUUCAAGUUAUAGUACAGUGCGACCUCUGUCUACGUUGGAGAAAUCUACCAUCCAACUUAGAUGUAAAUGACAGAGUAUUGGCUGAUAUCUGGGUCUGCUCCAUGAACCAAAAUCCUCAGCAAAAUAGCUGCGAUCUACCAGAACAGCUACCCCACAUUCCAUUAGGAACUCCAAUAAGGGGAUCAGUUUUAUCUGAUGAAAGGCAAGAGCUACUGGAAAAAUCAGUCCGACAACACUGGGAAAAAGCAGCUGCCUUACAAUUUCAGAAAAAGUUUCCAAUUAAGCCCUUAACAUACAAAUUGCCAUCUGACUUGAGAAACAAGUCUAUUUCUAAGGCAAAUUUCUGUAAAUGUAUGCAGAUGAUGUAA